CUUUGCUUCGACCGAGUCCCACUAGUGUGAGGGUGAGAGAGCUCGCAGUAGUCCAGACUCUUCCAUUUUCGUCAAGAGGAAAGCUUCUUCAUUCUUCCACAGUUCGAGAAUGGGUAACGAUAUUCGGUAUUUCGAGUUGAACACCGGAGCGAAAAUCCCUUCCAUUGGGUUAGGAACAUGGAAAUCAGAGCCUGGAUUUGUCGGAGAUGCUGUCAUUGCCGCUGUCAAGGCUGGCUGUCGGCAUAUUGAUUGUGCUCAACUUUAUGCAAAUGAGAAGGAGGUUGGCUUGGCGCUGAAGAAGCUGUUUUCAGAUGGUAUAGUGAAGCGUGAGGAUUUGUGGAUUACAUCCAAACUCUGGUGUUCAGAUCAUGCACCAGAAGAUGUACCUGAGGCGCUCAACCGAACUUUGCAAGAUUUGCAGCUUGACUACAUUGACCUUUACCUUAUCCACUGGCCAGUCAGUAUGAAGAAGGGAUCUGUAGGUUUUAAUCCUGAAAACCUCACCAUACCUGAUAUCCAAAGUACGUGGAGGGCAAUGGAGGCACUCUAUGAUUCAGGAAAGGCACAUGCUAUUGGUGUUAGCAAUUUCUCUUCAAAGAAGUUGGGGGAUUUACUAGAGGUUGCUUGUGUUCCUCCAGCCGUCAACCAGGUGGAAUGCCACCCUGUUUUGCAGCAGAAGAAGCUACAUGCGUUUUGUAAUGCCAAGGGAGUUCACCUAUCUGGAUAUUCUCCACUUGGUUCCCCUGGUAAAACAGGGCUCAAGUGCAAUGUCCUUAUGCAUCCUGUCAUAACUAUGGUUGCCGAGAAAUUAGGCAAGACUCCUGCACAAGUUGCUCUCCGAUGGGGGCUCCAAAUGGGCCACAGUUUGCUUCCUAAGAGCACAAAUGAGAAGAGGAUCAAGGAGAACUUUGAUAUCUAUGAAUGGUCCAUACCGGAUGAUUUGUUUGCAAAAUUUGCUGAAAUUGAACAGGUAAGACUGACUACAGGUACUUUUUUUGUCCACGAGACUUAUGGCGCUUACAGAACUGUUGAAGAAUUGUGGGAUGGUGAAAUCUGAGGUCACAUGGAAUUUGUCUUACCUAAACUGAAGCUCAGUUGUCACUUGAAUUCAUCUGUUAUAGAAUUUGCUCAAUUCCUUAUGUGAAGUAGUCAUAGGUGAUUGGAGGCCAGGUAGACAACUGAGAUUUUAAUAUAGUUAAUGAAAUAAAGUUGAUUUAGAUAUUUGGAUCUGCAAAAUGUUGAAUUGCUGUUUAUGUGGUAAUGUUAAUAAUACCAAUUCUGAUUGAUUACUAGAGCUUCAGGUUCCCAUGAAGUGAUUAUGGGCAUUGGUUAUGAGGAACCCGGUUAACAAGUAGUUUUAUCUUUGCCCUUUUGGAAGUUUAA